AUGACCAUACUUGUGACAAUAUUGAUGAUGCCAUUAAUACUUUCGAAACCCAUUGAAGAAAUAUCAUUUCCAAACAAACCCGGAAUAUAUUUUGAAGGAAUUGGCACCGUAAAUCAAAUCAUUGGAAGAUGGAAAAUUAUCACUUACUUUGAGUUCGCGCCUAUUCGAAAGGAGAUCGAAAGGUUUCAAAAUGGCACAGCAACACUUCAGCAAUUGUGCCCAUUGUUACAGCAACAAGAAAGCUGUUAUGAGCUCGUCCGUCAAUUCAAUAAUACUAACAUAGAAUUACGAACUGAAACGAAGGUCAUGACGAGACACCGAUCAGCCAGAGGAGCCAUCAAUAUAGUUGGAAAUAUUGCUAACAAAUUAUUUGGUGUUUUAGAUUCAGAAUAUGCUGAAACGAUUUCUAAAACUCUAACUCAAAUCAACAAUAAUGAAGAUGUACUAUCAAAAAUGAUCAAAAAUCAGACUACAGUCAUGGACUCAACUCUAAAUAUAUUCAGCAAAACUACAGAAGCCAUUGCAGUCAAACUGAAUCAACUACAAGAUGAGACAAACAAAAUAGUAGAUCACACUAAUCAUAAUACUAAACGUAUUAACCACCUAGAGAUCUAUACAUCACUGGUAACCCAACUUACAUGGAUGGCACAUACAUUAAUGAAAAUUGAAGCUGCGAUAUUUGAUGUCUUAACUGAUACUCAGCAUGGCAGAAUUAAUUCUCUUUUGAUGUCUCCACAACAACUUCAAAACCAAAUCAUGAAGAUCAAGGGCCAUUUACCUCAUUCACUUCGUCUUCCAUUUAAUCAAGAGGAUGUUAUUCAUUUAUACACGUUGAUGUCUUCACAAAGUGGAAUCACACAAGAUCAUUUGAUAGUUGUCUUACAACUGCCAUUAACCGAUCAUGAGGAUUUCGAUUUAUUCAAUCUCGUCCCAAUUCCUGCAACAGUCAACAAUACAAUGAUGACAAUAGUUCCAGAAGCUUCAUUUUUAGCUGCCGCGCCACAUAGAGACCAAUAUUUUGCCUUAACUCGUGAACAGUAUAAGGAGUGUAUGAUUUUCAAGCAACCAGAAAACAAACUACUUUGUUCAGAUAAACAAUCAAAAUAUAACACCGGCUCACAGGUUUACGCUUGCGAAUUUAACCUAUUAAAAAACAUAUCUGACAAUACGUGUAAUGUGCAGGAAACAAAAUCGAACAUUAUUUGGAGUCCCCUGUAUCAUGCCAAUCAAUGGAUAUUCGGGUCAAAAAACAAUACAACAGUUACGGCCGUCUGUAAGGGCAUCACGACUCAUUUAGAACUACAAGGUGCAACACUGCUGAAAUUACAAGACGACUGUGUACUCAAACACCAAACGUCUACAAUUCAGACACAUCAAACGCUUACCGACACCAUGUAUGAAUCUUACAUUGCAUUUGGUGAGAUACCUGUCAUCAAUAACUCAGAAUUAUGGUCAAAAUUUAAAGGAAGUUCAUUGAAUCUCAGCAAUGAACUUAAACAGUUAAAGCUACUUCACAAUACUCUGAAAGAUGAAAAAUUCGCUGAAUUACCACACAAACUACAGACGGACAGCAUGCACCACUACGCAAUUAAUUCCAUAACCCUAAUUCUUGUCGUUGGAGCCAUCAUAUGGAUGAUAUGGAAAAUAAAGCAGGUAAAGCGUCCAGAAGUCAAUCAGCCAACACAAACUCUCACACCAAACGCGAUGCCACGAACAAGAUUUACUUUGGAGCCUGAAACAAUUACAUAG